AUGGCCUCUAGACAUCGCUUCGCCAUUGUCCAUCUGCUAAAAUUGUUUCAACUUCUUCAUCUUUUUAUCUGCUGUACCCUUUGCGUGGAGGUCGUUCACACAGAAGCUCGAGCUCUCGUGAAGCUGAAGGAUAUCAAUUUCGUCAAUAGUGUCGCGAGAGAAAGACUGUCCGCAUAUGAGAGCUUCAGCAAUAUGUCCCUCUUUAUUCGUGAGGGACCUGCGGAUGAUGCGCCCAGCUCCGCGAACAGCACUGUCACAGGAAGUGGAACGUCUGCCUUGACCAUCGUACCAUCCAGUUUUCCUGCGACCGCUGUCACCGAACCUUCCACUGCUCUUCCGACAAGGUUUUCAGGAAAUUACUCUUCCGCCGCUUCCACCACGAACUUCCAGACGCAGCCAAGCGGGACUAGCGAUGUCGUCACCGUGACGGUGAUUCCGACAGCACAGUCUGUCACCGUGGUCAUGGUCUCAGUGGAGACGGUCAUCAGCACAGUAACAGCACCCGGAUCAACAGUUGCAUAUACUACGACCCAAGAAGAGACCCUGUGGUCGACCGUUGAUGUAUCCUCGACACAACAACCUGCAAGCUCUUUACCGGCGGGGUACCUCCCCGUCGAUGCAGCCGACCAUAGCCUACCGCGUUCCUCCGUAUUUCUCUCUAUCAUGCUUUGCGCUGCACCUGCCCUAGCUAUGAUAAUUUAUUGA